GUAUUUUUCGUGUUACAUCGCAUCAUCAUUCCUUUGAUGAUGGGCUUUUCCGCAUGGAAAGUUUUCUCAUUAUUCGCCAUCGCUGAUGCAGUUUCAUCAUAUUGGUUAGCUUUGACAUUCCAAGCUAAUCAUGUUGUGGAUGAAGUAGAAUGGCCUCUUCCUGAUAAAAAUGGUUUCAUACAAAAAGAUUGGGCCGAAAUGCAAGUUCUGACAACCCAAGACUAUGCGCAUGAGUCCGGGUUCUUAACGUCGAUUGUCGGAUCUUUGAAUUAUCAAGCUGUUCACCAUAUUUUCCCUCAAGUAUCCCAACAUCAUUAUCAUAGGAUUGGUCCUAUCGUUAAGGAGACAUGUCGGGAAUUUGGAAUCCAGUUUUAUUACAAGGAUACUCUUUGGGAAGCUAUUGGAUCACAUAUUAAGCAUCUUCGUUUACUGGGUCUAAAACCAGAAGAUCACGAUAAAGAAGAAUAA